AUGCCGGUGGUGCAGGAUAUGUCAGUGCACCAUGGAGGUCCACAGAGGCAGACUCCAGAGUGUGUCCCCCCCAAGGUGUUGUCUCACUCCAUUGAGCGGAUCCUGAGGAGAGUGCCGUGUCUGGAGGGGGAGGAGAGGGGGAGAGGAGGAGAAGAGGAGAGAGGGAGCAUGGCGGGAGAGACGGGGUCUGUGUGUGUGAAGACCAGCGCUGAGCAAGAGCCUAAAGUCAACAGAUGCCCAGGUGUGUUUAGUCAGUGGUUCCAACGGCUCAGUGUGUUGGAGCAUGCUGUGGAUUUGAUUAACUGUAUCAAAGUAUCUGCUAUAUGACCCUAUUAGUAGCAGUGGAAAACGUUAUAAACUGUAUUUCAAUGAAGGAAGAUCAAUAGAUAAGGACAUUAUAUAUUCAAUAGUGUAGAUUGUGUUUCUUGUGAUAUAGCCUUCUAAACUGUAGAGUUUAACUCAGAGGAUGGAAACAGUAUUGAAUGAGGAACGAGUGCUUGAUAUUUUAUUUGAAGAAGGUUUAAGUUUGUUCUGGCUAAGUGUUUCUAUCCUCUCAGGUGUACUAAAGCUCAGCUACUGCAGAGCCAAGAGUCAGAGGUUGUUUUAUGGUUUCGUGCUUUUUUCUACCCUUUUGAAUGGUGGUGCUUUGAUGUUGAUUUUCAAAAACGUCUCGUUAGUGGUUCAUAAACGCUCAACACUCCAUCUUUUCUAAAAGCUGCUCAGGGAAUUGGAUUACUUCAAAUUCCAUUCUGGAAGAAAAUGAAAAACCGACAAUAAACAAAACAAUUAUGAUCAAAAAUACACUUGAAACAUGGUAAUGGGAAUAACUGUAUAGCUAUGGGUUGUUUUAACCUUUCCUUAAGGAAAAACCAUUUUCUGCAAGUAUGUUACCCCCUAUACAUUUAGUGCACAAAUAAUAACUUAUUUUCUGUCAUAACAGUUUCUGUAACUGUCAAGGUCUAAUUGUAUUGUAUUGUAUUUGGAUAGUUACCUGUAAAUAGAUUUAAAGUGCCAUAUUAAGCUAAAUGGCCAAACACAUUUACAGAGUUUGCCAAAUAUCUGCUUUCCAUUUAGAAAGCAAUAAAUUGUGUGUGUGUGUGUGUGUGUUUUGUUUGGAGUAGUGUCGCGGAGCAGCGGUCGGCGGGUACGAACCACAUUCACCUCAGCCCAACUAGAGGUGCUAGAGAAGACCUUCCAGGAGAGCCAAUACCCUGACAUAUAUACCAGAGAACUACUGGCUUCCCAAACACAGUUGUCAGAGGUACGAGUACAGGUAGGUACUGUGUGUGUGUGUGUGUGUGUGUUUGCGUAAGUGCGUGUGCAUGCAUUUCUAUGUGUUUGGUUGGUUUCCUGAUGGAAAUGUCUGCUGUGUGUUGUCAUCCUGACCCAGAUAUGGUUCCAGAACCGCCGGGCCAAGUGGAGGAAGACUGGAGCUCUGGGAAAGAGCAGAGGAUUGGUCAAACUCUCAGACACCGACCAACAGCCUGAGAGGAUGGUGCCGCUUCCUCCCCUGAUUGGAUCCCUCCAAACCAGGCCACACCCACUACGGCACAGGCUCUUCCUCUACAAGCUAUCCUACCAUCCCAUUGGUGUUUACCAGCACUUCCUGCCCAAGCUCCACCCAGCCCUGGUACCCUACUCUGAGCCCUACCUGCUUCCCCUGCCAGCCCAGCCCUGGUUGACCCCAAUGACACAUGCCAUACCUGGACACACACUCAGCUGA